AUGCCCCAGCAUUCGCAGCGUACAAGUCCUACAACCCUCGUAUCGUUGGUGUUGUGCUCAUUUGACGAAGAUCAACUGGUAACAGAUCUAUUCAACGGCUACAAUUCACUGAUACGUCCAGUACCAAAUGCCUCGUCACCUCCGAUUGAGGUGGCUUUCAGUUUGGCAUUGGUGCUUCUUAUCAACAUCGACGAGAAAAACCAAAUCAUGCACACAAACGUCUGGCCAACGAUG